AUGAUUCACGAAUGGCAACGAGUUACUGAGCAUAUGAGGGACACACCCAGAAAAAAAGAUAGCGUUGGACAUCGAAUGAGUGAGGUCCUUUCCGAAGUUGGACCAGCAAUUCUGAUAUCGUGUUUGACCAACGUUUUCGCUGACGCUGUUGGUUCGUUCACCUCAUCACCGGAGAUUACCCUGCUCUGUACUGGCAACAUGCUGUCCAUGUGUGUUGCCUUCGUCUACCAGAUGACAUUCUACGCCGGCUUAAUGACCCUUGUGGGAAGGCGUGAAAUCGGUGAAGAUAACGAGGAAAAGAACCGAACAGCGAUAAGCAUCGCCGAAAAUCGCGUGAACAUUGCCAAACAUCAUCGGACACUUACGGUAAGCCUAAGUUUAACAAACAGUUCCAGAACUAAGAUCUGCAACAUUGAUAAGCACUCAAGCGUAGGCAAUAGCUAG